AUGAUCACCGGCGCUCAAUUUGCCUCUGAGCCGUUCUACGUUGCUAUCAUCACCCCCAUCAUCCAUUAUUGUAUGGGCGGUUUGGAAAUCACAGCCAGUUCGGAAGUUAUCGGCUCGAACGGACGUCCUAUUCCGGGCCUCUAUGCCGCUGGGGAAGUGAUGGGCGGCGUCCACGGAAACAACCGCUUGGGUGGCAACUCGUUGUUGGAUUGCGUCGUGUACGGACGCGUAGCAGGAAAGGCGUGCGCCAAAUACAUGCUGGGAAGCAACAUCAAGGAAACUGAUCUGCAGGUAGUUCAAGUUUAUUUUUUUCCAUUAAAACAUGAAAAUGAAUUUGAAUGCGCUAAGUAAUGUCAGAACAGUAGAACAACUGGACCCAUAGCUUCAUGUGCGUGUGCCACGACGUGCAAGUAGUUCAAGCAAACUCAAACUCAGAACUACAAGUUAUAAUCUGCAAGAACAGAGGUCCUCUUCCCCAUCUAAAAACUUAAACUUACAACCACCUACGUACCAUCACUAUGUACAAGGUCUUGUCUGGUGCGGUCUCCGAUAGCUCGGACACCUGUGUCGUGUUGGGUGGAGGCUUGUCCGGCAUGGCUGCUGCCAACACAGUGAUGGAGAACGGAGGAAAAGUAGUGUUGCUGGACAAGAGCGCCUUCUGUGGCGGUAACUCGACUAAGGCGACCUCCGGUAUCAACGGCGCCAACACCAAGACUCAGCGCGCCAACGGCAUCGAAGAUAGCGUUGAGCUUUUCGCUUCCGAUUGCCUGAAAGGUGGCGCUAAGAAGCCCGAACUGGUGCAGGUUUUGGCCAAGAAUAGUGGUCCGGAUUGCGACUGGCUGAUGGACGUCUUCGGCUUGGAUCUGUCCCUCGUCGCACGUCUUGGCGGGCAUUCCGCUCCGCGUACGCACCGUGGCAAGGAGCGCUUUCCGGGUAUGACCAUCACCUACGCUUUGAUCCAGAUGGUCGAGAAGAUCGCGGAAAAAACCAAUGGCCAGUACGCCCAAGUGAUCACAAAGGCUCGCGCAACCGGCUUCAUCUACAAGGGCGGCGCCGUUGUCGGUGUCAACUACGAAAAGGGUGGCCAAAAUCUCAAGCAGAUGGGACCAGUCAUCAUCGCAACUGGUGGCUUCGGAGCCGACUUUUCCCAGGAUUCGCUGCUCGCCAAGUACCGCCCAGAUCUCAUGCACUUGCCCACUUCAAACGGAGAACACUGCACUGGUGACGGCAUCAAGAUGGGUGAGGCGAUUGGUGCUCGCACAAUCGAUCUCGAGUGGGUGCAGGUUCACCCGACCGGCUUGGUGAACCCGAAGGACCCCGAUGCAAAGGUGAAGUUCCUCGCUGCCGAGGCGCUCCGCGGUGUGGGUGGUCUUAUCUUCGACGCUGAUGGCAACCGCUUCGCCAACGAGUUGGGUCGCCGCGAUUACGUCACCGGCGAGAUGUGGAAGAACAAGGGGCCCUUCCGCCUUUGCUUGAACAAGGUACUAAAACUAACUUCGUGUCUAAAAAAAAUACUUAUUCUGCCGGCUCAACCAUGUUUGCUUUAUCCCGCAAUGCGGACAAGAACUUGAAGCUUCAUAAUUCCUCACAUCAGAAGAAUAUCUUCAAAAUCAUAUUUCAUGUCAUUGACUACUUAUUUCAAUUUCUACUCUAGCAUUCCACCUAGUACAACAACUGCAGCAACAAUUCAUCAUUCCUAGUACGACUUGUUCAGGCCGCAUCCGAUGAGAUUAUCUGGCACUGCAAGCAUUACACUGGACGUGGUGUAAUGAAGUACUAUGAAUCCGGUGCGGCUUUGGCUAAGGACCUGGGAGUGCCAGUUGAGCGGAUGGCUGCUGCCCAUCAAGCUCACUACGAGGCCGCACAAAAGCAGGAGAAGGACCCGGAAGGCGGACCCUUCCCGGCCUACCCGAGUGGUGCGAUUUAUUUACCUUUCCUAGAGAUCAUGUUGCAUCAGAACUAGUACAUCUAGUACGUAAAGAUGUAGUUGUAUUCAGUCUACUAGUUGUUUCAGGAAACCAGAUGAGCUUCUUCUAACAUGAUAAAGUGUUGUUCAUUGUUCGUUCCAACCACUACGACGAACUCGAAUCUCCACCACGAUACUAGGUCGCACGUGGGAUGAGCCGUCUGGCAAGACCGGUUCCGGUAAGAAGUUCUUCCAUAACCAUAUUACUGGAGCCCAAUUCGCUUCGGAGCCGUUCUACGUUGCCAUCAUCACUCCGAUUAUCCACUAUUGUAUGGGUGGGUUGGAAAUCACUGCUAGCUCCGAAGUCGUUGGCAGCAAUGGAAAGCCGAUCCCGGGUCUCUAUGCCGCUGGCGAAGUGAUGGGCGGUGUCCACGGAAACAACCGCUUGGGUGGCAACUCGUUGUUGGAUUGCGUCGUGUAUGGCCGUGUUGCGGGUUUGGCGUGCGCCAAGUACAUGCUGGGAAGCAACGUCGUGAAGACGGAUCUCAAGGUAAGAUUUAUACAACGAGAUACUGUACGCCUAACCUCGUGGGUAUUUGUUGUUGUAGAAGAAAGAUAAUGAUUAAAUCAUCUUUUAUUUUUUUUGAAGAUUGAAGCAAGUACUAUCGGACCAAAUUAAUAAACAAAAACAUAUCCAGCACCAUCUUCCUUCUUCUACCUUUCGAAAACAGGUCUUGUCCGGCGGCGGCGUCGUCGGUGGUGGUACUCAGAAGAGCGCUCUCUCUGGCGGGAGCUACGAGGAUGACGGCAACAAGGCUGCAGCUGCUCCGGCUGCCGCAGCUGCCACGUCUGGAGGUAGCAAGUACACACUCGCGGAAGUCGCGAAGCACAACAACGACAAGGACUGCUGGGUAGUGGUGAAUGGGCAGGUGUUGGAUGUGACCAAGUUUCUGCCGGAUCAUCCCGGAGGUGCAUUGGCCAUCGUCACCUUUGCAGGAAAGGACGCCACCGAAGAGUUCAACAUGAUUCAUCCACCAGAUGUCAUCGGAAAGUACGCUCCGGACGCGGUCAUCGGUGCACUGGAUGAUGGAAAGUUAUGUGCUAGUGACAGUCAACAUUAACAGGUAUAUAUACAAGAGGUAAACCAAAACUCUAUAGGCUUUUCCUAUAGGAGCCCUAUAGGAGGCUCUAUAGGAAACGCCUAUUAGGGCCUUCGUAUAGGGACCCCCUAUAGGACCCCGUAUUUGAGACCGCGGACUUAUAGGAAGCCUUAUAGGCAUCUCUAUAGGUCAUCGGUGCACUGGAUGAUGGAAAGUUAUGUGACACUCAAUCCAGUGCACCGAUGACAGUCAACAUAUAGAUGACACAAGUUGUUAGUCCACCUAAGUAGUCUUAUAAUCAUUCUGGUUCUUCUUGAGUAUCAGUACCUAUCACGCCAUUUAUUCUACUCCUUUUUGACUUAUUAUUGGGAGCUACAAGAAUUUGCAACAUGACUUCUACCUCCUGAUUUCGAUUUCCCUUACAACUACGUACUUUUUCUAAGAAAAUCUGCUCCUGCCGCUGCGACUACGACCGCAAAGCCGUCUGCUGCUGCCUCGACAAAGGAAGCAGCGAAGGGAACAAUGCACUGCAUCCCGAUGAUGAUCUUGACUCCUUUGGCGAUCUUGGCUCUUCCAGCUGCUAUGGUCGUCACCGCCAUCUGCGGAUAGGUCGUCACUGCGAUGUGGGAAUAGGUCAGUACUAUCUGCGGAUACAAAGACAAAUAAUGAAGAUGGGAGUACUAUUGGUAAUAAGUUGGUAAAAACAUAAGAAGGUAAGAAAUUGAAAUGGGAAACAACUACUGGGAGUACAACUACAACUAGAACCAUGAUGAGAAAAGGGAUACGGAGGAUAUACACAGGGGGGAUGGACAUGCAGGAAGUUUGAUGCAAAGUCAAAGGCAAGCACACAACUGACUGUAAGAUCAGUGAUGUUCGCCUGUAGAGAAUUGAUCAGAUUCAUUUUCAUAGUAGGAAAAAGAGUUGGACAUCCUCUACUACUUCGUUGUUCUUUAAACGUUAGUAAGGAGUUGGAGGUGCAUUCUGUUAAGCAAUUAAAGUUAGUACUAUCAGUUCAAGUAGAAGUUCUGAAGAAACCAUUUGACACCUGAAAUAAAUUAGUCCAAGUUUAUUGACGAAGAAUGUCAAUGUUCAAGAAGAAGAAGUACUAUUUGUGUUUGAAGACGGUCAUGAAGAUUAGAUAGUAGUAUUACUAAGUUAAUAGACUAGGUGAUGUAGUUUUUUACUGUACAGUGGAUUUCGACACACCGACACGAUGUUGACCCUGUUGACAAAGACAUAGAAACCGUGGACACGACACAGAGGCUGAUAACCUUCUUCGUUUCGUUUAGUGAGAUCAAAGCCCUCCUUUUCCUAUACCGGGAGCUGAGAUCAUACAUCGAAAUCAAGUCGGAGUUAUUGUUAUCAUCCUUUCCUUAGUUCGUACUCGGAUAGCUGGUUUUUAGGACUUCAUCACUUCAAGUGUUGUCGUUGUCGUCCAUGAGGCUGGUAGAACUAAAGCUUGUGUACUAUAGAAGAAGGACUGCAUUAUCAUUAUCUUCUAAUUUUGUGUAGGUGUACUAAAAACAUGAUCUGUUUUAGAUUUCUUGAAUGCUCUACCUAGUCUAUAGGAGUUGUAACAGGGUCGUUAUAAUUAAUUCAUAUAAAGCGUUGCUUUAUGCCAUGUCGCUACGUACUUGUUGUGUAGAUUGUUUUAGUUUCAAGAAAUUCAAAUUUUUCGUUGGUCUUGGUGCUUGGCCGUGCUUGGCCCGACGGGCCGGAGAAGCGUGUUGUUGAUAUAUCAUUCAUGGUAUUCUUCAUCAGUGUCCCCUUGGUCGGCGUCCUUGUUGCCAGCACUCGCCACGUCGAUGACGAUGUUUCAGUGUGAUGCUUCCUGUAUUUAAAUAGUGUUUCAAAAUUCAAAAAAUCUCGUCAUUUUUAUGUACGAUGACGCGACACGAACACGAUCAAGUACAACAACUUCUUAAUUUAACACCAUAGACAUAGUCGUGAAGUAGAUGCAAACUUUUUGAUGAAAAUGAAUCAACCGGUAGUCUGUCGAACCUGAUGAAGAAAGACCUUUCGUUAAGAAAGAGAAGACUGCUUAGAAUGAGGAGUAACUUGCGAAGAAAGCACUCAUAAUUAAGGAGAAGAAAUCAAUCUAUUCCUAGAUGACCAUGGUGGUCACCUGCUGCAAAUUGUAACAAAAGGCGUUCUCUUCAAAAACAUAAGGGAGGUAUAAUUGUAACAAAAGGCGUUCUCUUCAAAAACAUAUUUUUAAGGGAGGUAGAUUAUAUUUUUAUGUCUGACUGCUAGCUAGGCUUAGGCAGUUUGUUAUAGAGAAAAAAUCCAUGAGUAUGAGGCGAAAAAUACUGUAUUUCUGAUGUUGACGAAUAGGAUAGAAAGUCAAAGAACUACAUCAAGGGAACUAGAAUCUUGUUCAAUCGAAAACUCAAUCUUUUGAAAAUGUUGAUAUACGAAGAAACUGCACUUUCAUCAGGAGAAUCGAUCAAAGUAUCGGAGUGAUUAACGCAAACUCGGAACAGCGAGAGUGUACUAUGAGUUUAUUGUUGCCAGGAGGCGGAAAUGGGUCUGUUGUUCUUCAUGUCGUGAGUCUGGACCUCCAAAUAUAUCGAUGAUCCAAGUUAACAAAUCUUGACGAUUCCAUGAUUCUUCACGAUGAUCAGCAACAAUUAUAUAUUGUUAUGCAC